CUGUACAAGGAGGUCAUGAUGGAGGAGCACCAGCCUCUUAUAUCACAAGGAAGAUCCAGUAAGAGAAGAACACCAGAGAGAUGUCCCAGUCCUCUUCUUCCUCAGGAUCAUCAGCUUUUGAAUUGGGACAUUCCUACGAAGACAGAGACAUAUGUGAGGGGUGAUGACCAGUAUAAGGAGAAAAUUCCGGCAGAGACAUAUGUGAGGGGUGAUGCCCAGUGUAAGGAGGCAUUUCCUACAGAUACCCACACAGAUGACUGUACCCGGAGCUCAAAGGGGCAUCUGAUAUCUUCGGAGUUUAAAGCAGAUGAUCGUGGUGUGACGCAAGAACAUGCCGUUUUCUCAGAUACACCCUCAGCGCUUCACAGUAAAGAUCAAUCAUCUGAUCCUCCUAAACAUCUAUCUUCUGAGUCACCUCAGACUGAAAGACAGAAUAGGCAUAGCAAUGGGGAGAAGCCAUUUUCAUGCUCAGAAUGUGGUAAAUGUUAUACUCACAAAUCAGAUCUUAUUAGACAUCAGAGAGUUCACACAGGAGAGAAGUCGUUUUCAUGCUCAGAAUGUGGGAAAUGUUUUACAGAUAGAUCAAAUCUUAUUUCACAUGAGAGAAUUCAUACAGGAGAGAAGAGAUUUUCAUGUUCGGAAUGUGGGAAAAGUUAUACUCGGAAAUCACAAGUUGUUAUACAUCAGAGAAGUCACACAGGAGAGAAGCCGUUUUCAUGCCUAGAAUGUGGGAAAUGUUUUACCAGGAAAUCAGAGCUUCUUGAACAUCAAACAUUUCACACAGGAGAGAAGCCAUAUUCAUGUUCUGAAUGUAAAAAAGCUUAUAGUACUAAAUCACUACUUGCUAAACAUCAGAGAACUCACACGGGGGAGAAGCCAUUUUCCUGUUCAGAAUGUGGCAAAUGUUUCACCCAGCAAUCACAUAUUGUUAGACAUCAAAGAAUUCACACAGGUGAGAAGCCAUUUUCUUGUUCAGUAUGUGGGAAAUGUUUUACCGUGAAAAUACGUUUUCUUGAACAUCAAAGAAUUCAUACAGGAGAGAAGCCAUAUUUAUGUUCAGAAUGUGGGAAAGGUUAUAGAAUGAAAUCACAUCUUGUUAUACAUCAGAGAACUCACACGGGGGAGAAGCCAUUCUCUUGUUCAGAAUGUGGGAAAUGUUUCAGCCAGCAAAUACAUCUUGUUAGGCAUCAAAGAAUUCACACGGGAGAGAAGCCAUUUUCAUGUUCAGAAUGUGGUAAAGGCUUUACGUUGAAAAUGAAUUUUCUUGAACAUCAAAGAACUCACACAGGAGAGAAGCCGUAUUCAUGUUCAGAAUGUGGGAAAUGUUAUAGUCUUAAAGCAAUACUUGUUAAACAUCAGAGAACUCACACAGGGGAGAAGCCAUUUUCUUGUUUAGAAUGUGGGAAAUGUUUCACCCAGCAAUCAAACCUUAUUGCACAUCAAAAAAUUCACACAGGAGAAAAGUCCUUUUCAUGUUCAGAAUGUGGUAAAAGUUUUAGCCAGAAAUCACAUCUUGUUAAACAUCAGAGAAGUCACACAGGAGAGAAACCAUUUUCAUGUUCAGAAUGUGGAAAAUGUUUUACCCAGAAAUCACAUCUUGUUAAACAUUUGAGAACUCACACAGGGGAGAAGCCAUUUUCAUGUUUGGAAUGUGGGAAACAUUUUAAAGUUAAAUCAAGUCUUGUUACACAUCAGAGAAGUCACAAGGGUGAUGAUGUGGCCAAGCAUGUGAGAGGACACAUGGUGGAGAGCUCGUUCUCAGAAUCCAGCAAAUAUUAGAGGCAUCCUGCUGCCUGUAACCAUCCUCCUUUUGCAACUUUACUUUACUCCUAGGAUCGGGUGUGGCCCAUAAAAACAGAGGAAGGUCCGGAGAAGGAUCUGCAUGUGAAGGGCCCUGCCACACAACAACAGUCUUCAGUGUGGACAAGGCUGCUGAGGUAGCCACAAAAGUAACGUGGUGUGUAGCAAGAGAGGACUGUGGCACUAUUGGUGAUCUGCUGUUAAAAACAAGAUGGACGCCAGGACUCGAGACCACUAACCUCAGUAGGCAUCUCAGCUAAGUGUCUAACCCUGUGAGCUACCUAUUAUCCCUGAGGAGAAUAUUCCUUCUUACUAAUGAAGUCAGUGAUCCCACAUUGAAAGAUGAUUUUGCAGCAGUGAAUCAACGCAACAUGGCCUUGUCUUCUCUAAACAUGCUAAUGGGGUCUCCUAAACAGGAUGUGAAUAUAAUUAGACACAAUUUACAGAAAGUUCCUGAACACAUUAGGGGGCGGGUGAGCGAUCUUGAGGCCUGGGUUCUUCAUGAAAUGUGUUAUCAAUAACCUUAAUGCCAUUGCUGCUAAGUUAGAUGAAAGGAUAGAGAACAAGAUGCAGUGCAACAGCAUCAGACUGAUUGGGGUGCCUGAGAAAUUGGAGGGCCGUGACCCCAGUCACUUUUUUGAAAAAUGGUUGCUGGACACUUUUGGAAGAGAUGCUGACUCCUUUAUUUGCAGUUGAGCGUGCUCACAGAAUAUGAACCCGCCCGCUACCUCCUGCUAACCCCCCUGAGUCGGUUCUUGCAUUAUAGAGAUCAGGACAUUAUUGUGCAAAAGGCACGUGAAACAGUUCAACUUUUCAUUGAUGGUGGAAAUAUAUUGGUUUCCCACUUCUUCAGCAGAAGUUCAAUGCAGAAGGGCUCAGUAUUCAGACACAAAAUGACUGCGAGACUUCAAGCACCUUACUGUAUGUUCUACCCUGCCACUGCUAUCUGCGAUCAGGAAUGUAUUAUUUCAUGUGCAGUAAAGGAGAAUGGGGUGUCAAUAAAAAUGUUUCGCCGUCAGGUUCUUUCCUUUCG